AUGGAUGGCGAGAUGUCCGACUCUCCAGCUCCGUCGCCGCCCCCUAGUCUUCCGCAGGUGAUAUCAACGCCUUGCCCCACACCUCUCUCCUCGGCUUCCUCACGACUGCCCCACGCCAGGACGGUGGCCAAACAGCUCGAAGGGGCUGCUGUCACACAAGGUGCAUCAGCCUCCAACGCCAAUCCGACCAUUCAGGAUUUGCCCAAGAUCGCCAGUACAAAUCGUCGUUUCGUGCAGGAGGAUUCGCUGGCCCGAAAGGGAGCGAAAGGCCGGAAGAGCUGGAUCAGAUCCCAUGGGACAUUCCUCGUCGAAUUGAACCACCAGGAUCAGCCAAUAGGCCAUUUCUGGUGCUGCCAUCGAUGCGACCUGAAGGGCGAGGCCGAGUUCUUCUCUGUACAGGCCACAUCCUCGACGGCGGAUCAUCUUCUAAAAACCCAUCGGAUCACGCCAGCCAGCCAGUCGAACGAAUCGAGCCCGAGCCAUGACAGCGCCAUCGAUCUCCAUCCGGCCGUGAUGCCGAAACGGCGUCGGCUCGAACAAAGCGUCAUCCUGAAGGCGAAGGUCAGAGCGCUGAGCGUUGGAUUUGUAGUCGAUAGCGACGUGCCAUUUACUAUCUUCGAGCACAGCUUUCUUCGAAGCCUCUUUAUCCAGUUCGACCAUGACUUAGUGCUGCAGAUUCCAUGGAGUGGCAGUUCCAUCACCCGAGAGCUGCAGCACCUCUUCGACACGAAGCGGAAUGUCAUCAAGGCAGAGCUGCGCGAUGCUUUGACGACGAUACACCUCAGCUUUGACCUGUGGACGUCGUCGAAUCGUUUUGCGAUUGUGGCUGUCUUCGCACACUUCAUCGACCGGGGGGCGCGCCAGCAGUCGCGGCUGCUUGCACUUCGAUGUCAAUUCGGCACCCAUAGCGGAGAGAACCUUGCUGCGUCACUUGUGGGCAUCGUCCAGGACUGGAAGAUCCGGGGGCGAGUCGGCUGUGUUAUCUCUGACAACGUAGCCGCAAAUGAUCAUUGCCUGCACUAUAUGCACAAGCAGCUGGACUCAUCCAUGAGGCCCGCUGACAUCAAGGCACGCCGGAUGCGUUGUUAUGGGCACAUUCUCAAUCUUGUUGCGCGGGCCUUUCUCUUUGGCAAAGAUGCAGAGUCCUUCGAACUCGAAUCCGAGAUCAAUUGCAUGCGAGGCCUUGCAGAGCAGGACCUCAGCCACUGGCGCGCGAAAGGACCCAUCGGGAAACUUCAUAACAUUGUCAAGUUCCGCCGAUCGUCGCCACAGCGGAGCGAACACUUCAAGCGCAUUGUGCAGGAGGAAGAAUAUGAGGAAUAUCGGCUUUACGAAGAGUCUACUGCGGAACUGGAGGUCAACCUGAACAAUAAGACUCGGUGGAACUCCACAUACAUGAUGAUCGAGAGGAAAUGA